AUGAACGCUGCCCCAGGCAUCCGCCUACCUUCACGCUCGGACUUGAGGCACCCACCCAUCAGUUUCGGCUCCCUCUCUUCAUCAUCAGCAUCGGCCUCCUCUUCCACUCGCCCAAGACCCAAUCUCCUCGGCUCUGAUGGUUUCGGCAAGGUGGGUGCUCAACUUUGGGCACAGCGCGAAGACAGCGUCGUACGCAAUCGUCAAGGAAGCGUGCUCAAUCGUGGCCUCAUCCUCAAGACCGACCACUUUGCCGGUGGCGCCCGUCAUGCUCACCUCAACCUCCAUCUCCAAGGUGCUCCCAACUUUCGCAAGGCAGACUGCUCCCUCGAGGUGUACGGCGUAGCUCAGCCAACCAUCACUGGUCUCAAAACCAUCCUCUCUGUUUUGAACGCCCGGCCCACCAAGCAUACGAAUGGCACACAGGGUCUCGAACUACGCCUACCACCACAUGCAGCACCGAACGGAUCCACCUCUUCGCCCAACGUCAGCUCCCCUCUUAGCUCGCCUUCGCUUGCUCAAGGACCGGCUGCUUCUGCGGAAACCAACGCAGGCAGACCUUCGGCAUCUGAAAAGGUCCGAAGAUGCGUCUGGGUCUGCACCAGGGAGGAGCCCGUCAUCUACGUAGGUGGCAGACCGUUCGUGCUGCGAGAAGCAGAGCGUCCAGUCAGCACCUUUGAGCUGAGCAUGCGUGCCGACAACCUCGAAGCCAUCGAGUCUCGUCUCAAACAUGACAUUCUGCGCGAAUCGUCAAAGUACGGAGGCCUGGUCAUGGUGCACGAAGAGACAGCAUCAGGUCAGAUCGAGCCCACUUGGAUUGCCGUCGACGAAGCCUCCGUUCACACUGUGCGCGAGGUCUGGGACCGCGUCAAAUCAGAGGGCUGGCGUGUCGACUAUCAUCGCAUCCCGAUUGCCGAAGACCAGGCCCUCGAGAACAACUACUUGGACGCCUACACCCAGGUCAUCAAAGACCUCGAUCCAACCGAAACAAGUCUUGUGGCCAAUUGCGGUAUCGGCUUCACUCGAACCACAUUUGCCAUGGUGGCCGCCGUCAUCCUUCGAAGGAAGCAGAUGCUCCUCCUCGGCCACGACGAUCCCUUUGCCCCCCUCUCUGAACAGCAAAAGUCACCACUUCAGACGCCUGCGAGCGGCACGCCUCACUCCGGUGUCGCUCGCUCCCUUCGACAGGCAAGCGAACAGCAAGCGCAGAAUCUCUCCCUUUUGCGCCUCAUCCGUGUCCUCAACGUCAGUCUCUCGACCCGCGAUUCGCAGUCUACCAUCGAAAUCCUACUCUCCAACCCGGCAUUGCUCGAGUCGCUUCGCAAGGCCAACUCGGGUGACUACGGCAUCAUCAGACAGCUCGCUGGUCUCCUCGACGAAGGUCUCGAAAACAAGGCUAUCGUCGAUGUUGCCAUCGACUGCUGUGCUCACGUCACCAAUCUGCGAGAGACCAUCCUCUCUUCCAGAAUCCGAUACUCGACAGACGCGCUUGAUGAGGCUCAGGCCGCUCUCCAUCUCGAAAAAGCUGCCAAGUCGCUCGAAAAGUACUUCUUCCUCGUGGCCUUUGCCAGCUACGUCAAUGCCAGCAAAACGGCCACCUUCCAACACCGCUUCGCCAACUGGCUCAAAAAUCGUGCCGAGAUCUGGCGAGGAAUCCAGCUGAUCCGAUCCAAGGGUCGUCGUCUCUACUUCUUCGACCCAGUCGGUGACCUGCGUAUCCUCAGCGGUGGCAAAGCGGGCGAGCUUGUCGCCACUUCCGAGAAGCUUCAGAGCCGUUUCGGCGAGGUCUCUGGCCAAGGAGCACAGGUGCCCGGAGACGAAUUCGCUGAUUAUGUGAUCCGCAAUCGUGCAGGCAUUGUGUUGCGUCCCUUCACCCUUCUCAAAUGCGACAUCUGGCGCAAAUUCAUCGAGCGCAAUGCUGGUCUUCCCAUCCGCGGAACCGUCAACUUCCGCCGUAUUCCAGGCAGCAACAUCUUUGCUACCGGCCAACCGACCGUCGAUGGCAUUCGCAACGUCGUCACAGCUCUGCAAGAGCAUUAUGCGAGCAAGGCCGACGCAUCGAGCCAACCCACUCGCACCGUCACCUGGAUCAACCUUCGAGAAGAGCCGAUCGUUUACGUCAACGGCAAACCGUACUGCCUUCGUCAAAAGGGCAUGUCACUCCGAAACAUCAAAGCGUACAGCGGCAUCAACUGGGACCGUCUCCUCUUGCUCGAGGAUCGUCUGAAAAACGACGUUGUCAAUGAGCUCGAGUCUGGUGAAGGACGUCUUCUGCUGCACACCGAAACGUCGGACGGCACCGUCAUCCCCAUUUGGGAGGAGGCCUCUCCAUCCGAUGUGGAUACCGUUCAGGAUAUCAUGACGCACAUCGGCGCCGAUUUCAAGGACAAAGUUCAAUUGCGCUUCCGAAGGAUCCCCAUGACAGCAGAGAAGCCGCCCGACUUUUCCGACAUUAGCGAGUUGCUCUCGGCAGUGCUGCAAGCCAACGUGGAGCGAGAGCCCAUCGUGCUCAACUGUCAGCUCGGAAGAGGUCGCAGCACCAUGACCGCUGUUCUGAUCCUCAUGAUUACCAGAUGGCUUCAGCAGGGACAGAGGCAGCUUCCGGAAUCGAGACUGCACGAAAUUGGUGACCGUGGGGAGGACUCAAAGGAUUCAGACGGGGCCGUCAAUAGCUCGGACGGACUCCGACUUUCGGAAUCGGCUCAGGCUAGUGGCUCGGCGACGCCAGACGCACGCAACACUCUCCACGCCGACCUGCUCGACGAUGCUGUAGGCUCUGAAGCUACAGACAGCAGCCAGCUGCCCAAACGUGCUCCGCUCAGCUAUCACCUCAUCAACAGUCUGCUGCGUGUCAUUCCAAGAGGCUUGGAGGUCAAGAGGAUGGUGGACGAUUGCAUCGAUCAGUGUGCCACUGUCACCAACCUGCGCGAAGCCAUCGAGGAAGCUCGUCUCGCGGCCGAAGACACUGAAGACGAAGCGUUGCGCAAGAAGCGCAUCCAGAGUGCCAUCCACAACCUUCGACGAUACUUUUUGCUCAUCGUCUUUCAGUCGUACCUCACACAGACUCGCCCGGACUUGCUCGAAGCGUCUCCCAGCUUCCGAUCCUUCGUCAACCGUCAACCCGUUUUCGAGACCAUCGCCAAGGAAUUCGACAAAAUCGACAUCUCGACUAUCAUGCCGCUGCAAAAGGUGGACGCCAGCGACGGUAUGGCUCUCUCAGACGAGGUGCAGGACGUGGUCUCGCACCGCAGCGGAAGCAUCCUCUCCGCCUACACGAUGCUCAAGUCGGACUUCUUCAGCGGAAUCCUCAAGCUUGGCCUUCCGGAACGCAUCGAGGGCAUGCCCAACUUGCGCGGUGUCUCGCUGCUCUUGACUCCACCAAAUCAAACCAAUGGACCGAAUCAGCCUUCGACGCCAAUGACGCCGAAGACGCCGCUCAUGACGUACGGUCGCGAAACGUGGGGCUCGGGCAUGCCCACCGUGGACGGUCUGCGACGCGGACUGACGCGCAUGGGUGCGGCGCCCAAUGGGCCUGCCAAGGUGGUCUGGACGUCGUUGCGAGAAGAGCCUGUGCUGUACGUCAACGGCCGCCCUCACGUGCUGCGACUUGCCGAUCAGCCCAUCACCAACAUCGAGGCCACUGGCGUGACCACGGAUGUCGUGGAAGGGAUGGAGCUGGCGCUCAAGAACGACAUGCUCAAAGAGGCCGCCGAACGCGGUGGACGUGUGCUGCUACACGACGAAACCGAGAUUCGUCAGGGCGAGUUCGACAUCAUCCCCGUCUGGGAGACGGUCAAGGACGGAGAUGUGCUGACUCCGCGCGAGGUGUACGAGCUGGUGCAACGCGAGGGAUACAAGGUAGACUACGCUCGUCUUGCCAUCACGGACGAGCAGGCGCCGGUGCCUGCCGUCUUCUCGCAGCUUGAGGAGAGGGUGAUCACGGCUCUGCAGACCGGAUCCGCCUGCGUGUUCAACUGUCAGAUGGGUCGAGGACGCACGACCACCGGCAUGGUGAUCGCAUCGCUGGUCUCGACCGUGUGGCACUAUGGCGAUCAACUGGUUUCGAGCUACGAAAUGUCGGGAUCGAUGGUGCUUCCUACCUCUACAUCCAGCGAUGAAGCUGUAGCAGGUGCGCAGAUUGUCAAUGACGCCGAGGAUGAAGCGUUCGGUCAGCCGAAGGACAACCUGGACAACCGCGAGGAUGAUCUCCACCUGCAGGGCGAGUGGCGAACGAUCCUGCAGCUCGUCGGAGUGCUGUCCCACGGCAAAUUGGCCAAGAAGCUCACGGACAGGGCGAUCGACCGUAUGGAAGCGGUGCAGAACCUUCGCAAAGCCAUCUACGACUCGAAGCUGCGCGCCGACAAUGCAGAGCCCGGAACCAAAAAGCACAAGCACCUCAGCACAGUCUUCACCAACUACCUGCAGAGGUACGGAUACCUCAUCACGUUUGCCAAUUAUCUGUUGGAGAAGAGCGAGGCGGAUGGCUUUGAACCGCUCCUUCCGGCAUUGUCGAUCGACGAAGGCGAGUCGGAGAUGACGGAGGCGAGGUUGAGGAAGAGAUCGGAAUCGGUCUCUUCUCAGCUGUCGAGUUCGACGGCGUUUACGAGUUAUGCGGAUGGGAUGGGCAGGAGGUUCCCGUCGUUUUUGGGGUGGCUGCAGCCUAGACGAGAGAUUGGGAACAUUCUGGGUCGCGACAGGCUCGAGUAG